GUUUUCUUACUGAUCAAUUCAGGGCAUUAUUUAUUGUUGGUGCAAGUGAAUUCAAUGAAGUCAAUAUUAUUACUAGCUUUGUCUAUGUGCCUGGCUUGCCAUGCACAAUUCGAUUUCAACUAUGGUGAAAUGGACAGUUUUGGAGGUGCUGAAGCAAUGAGCAUGGCCGAGGCAUCAUCGUCAUCUUCAUCAGACUCGUCAUCGGCAAGUUCAAGCAGUUUUGCUCAGUCAUUUGCAAGUGAUGGACAGUUUGAUGGACAAAGUGCCAGCUCAUCGAAAGCAUCAUCGUCGUCAUCCGAAAGUCAAUCGUCAUCGUUUGCCGUUGCAGAAUCGAUGGCUGGUGCCUCAGGAGGUUCCGAUGGCAAUCAAUCAGCCGCAUCAGCUACGGCAAGCAGCAAUGGUGGCAGUGCUAUCUCACAAGCAGCUGCAUCAGCCAAAUCAAGCGGAAAUGGUGAAGCAAUGGCAGCUGCACAAGCCACAUCUCAAUCAAACGAUGGAGCAUCACAUGCAGCUGCAUUAGCUCAAGCAGAAGCCAAAUCAUCAGGAUCCGCUCAAGGACAAUCAGGUGCGGAAGCGGCAGCUGGGGCAUUGGCUCAAGCUAAAGCUCAAGCGGGCGGCUCGGCAACUGCUAAAGCCGCUGCAAAGGCUGCUGCCGCUGCCAAGGGAGGAAGCAAAGCUCAAGCGGGCGACUUGGCAACUGCUAAAGCCGCUGCACAGGCUGCUGCCGCUGCCAAGGGAGAAAGCAAAGCUCAAGCGGGCGGCUCGGCAACUGCUAAAGCCGCUGCACAGGCUGCUGCCGCUGCCAAGGGAGAAAGCAAAGGUCAAUCUGCUGCACAAGCUCAAGCUGCAGCAAAAGCCGCAGCAUCGGCUAUCUCAAAAGGUGGAAGUGCUCAUACACAAUCCCAAGCUAAAGCAGCAGCAAGUUCAACCGCAGGUGCCUGUGCUAAAUGUGGAGCACAAGCUGGUGCAGGAUCAUGUGGAUGUGGACAAGCGCAGGCUAUGUCAAGUGCAACCGCAUCUGCUCAAAGCAACGAAAGUGGUAAAUCUCAAGCCUCAUCAUCGGCAUCUGCAAGCAGCUCAUCGAACGGUGGAAAAGCAACUUCAUUCGCUGCGGCUAGAGCGUCAGCAUAAAUUAAUUUUUUUGGCAAAUAUUUCGGACAUAUCGGACACACGACAUGGCAACGAUUAUAAUUCAACGGCAUUUGAUUUACCCUCUUUGCUUUAAGUUACACAGCAUUCA